UGGAUGGUCAACGAAUAGUAGUUCACCUGACUUGAUAUCUUCAGUUGCGAAAAGGCCUCGGCCUCCGAUAUCAGACGACUUGAUUGUCCACUUGUGGUAAUGUCUGGCAGGUUGGAUGUCAUGAAGAUGGUCCUGUACCAGAAGCGACAAUUGAUCCAUUGAUAACAUCCUGUCGGUACUCGCCCGGUGCCGGCACUGCACUGCGCACUCGCCGUGAAUAUCAACUCUAGUUAGUUUGAUAACAAAUAGGCGCUGAUCGGAUAUACAUCGCCAAAAACAUGUUCACAUUUCUUCGUAAUUAACUAUGACUGACGUGCGCCAGAUUCGUGAGAAGUUCCUGUUUAGUUUAACACUUAAAUAACUCUUCCAGGUGUAUUCGGGAUGCUGCUCAACAGUUGGCUAUUUGCCACCUUCAUGCACAGUCACCUACUCACUACAAAAAGUCAUCUUUUAGUACUGAAUCUCUGUACAGCCUCUCUUGGGAGGAAUUUACUCGGAUUCCCAUUUGCGGCAUCGUCUGCGUUUGCAAAAAGAUGGCUAUUCGGCCCAGAUGCAUGUCAGCUUUUUGCUUUCCUUAACCAGUUCUAUGGUAUCUUUCAAAUGACGUCUUUGUUCUCGCUGGUUCUUGAAAGAUACAUACUUGCGAGGCAUACAAGACGAGAAAGAAGGCUAUGUUUUAGAUAUUAUUGGUCUUUAGUUGCUUUGACCUGGGUGAACAGUUUAGUAUUUGCGAUACCGCCUUUAUUCGGAUACGGACUCUAUUCGUGCGACACCACGGGAACAGCUUGUAUGUAUUUAUGGCCGUCUUCACGCGCAAGUGGAAAACUUCUGGGCUACGCGAUCCCGUAUGUUUUAUUUUGCUGUGUUCUACCUGUCGUUGGAAUAUUCUAUUAUAUGGGUAAAGCAAGCCGACUUGAAAGUAUUUAUUACAGAAAUGAAAUACUUCGAGAGGAAAAACAUUUGACGAAGUGUAUACACGCUCUAUGCGUCAUCACCUUGGCUUUGUGGAUCCCAGCAGCAUUACUGGCUGGUAUUCAAUGGUUUCCUCUUCUUGUAUUCGGUUAUCGUCCUCAUGCUCCACCAGUUUUGGCUUUGAUUGCACCCCUUACUUCUGAGGCAGCCACUUGUGUACCCGUCUUAAGCUACCUGUCAUGUGACGCCCGGAUACGAGCAGCACUUUUGGGACGCAUGCGCAAAAACUACGCCCUUCUACCACCUCAGUACGCGAUGAGAUAUCGAAGGGACCAAGUUUGUUUUAAGACGCUUUAAGGUUUUUAGGGAAAUGUGAAAUAAUUUUUAUUUUAUUAACAACGUGAAUCAGAAAACUCAUUAAAAAUAUGUUUGACGGUGUUCUACAAAGAACACUUUCAUAAUAGUCAAGUAGUUAGCUAGUAAUGGUCAUGAUUUAUUGAUAUGUAUGAAAAUUACUGAAACUUUUAAAAAUAUUGUUAAUAGCAUAACAUACCCCUUUGGUUUCAAGGCAAAUAAAGUAAUUAAUUGUAUUUGCUAGCUACUACGCAUUUAGCUUCAAUUUGAACUUUAAAUAUCAAGAAGUUGAAAUUGAGGUUUUAUAAGAAUUUUGACAUAGGUUUUCGUAGAUUUUGCGGAGUGAAUGUGUAAAGAGUUUGCUUUUUUGAAUUUUUAUGUGUAAAUAUAACGUUUUUUCUGUAUAGUUUUAUAUUUUUUUAAUGAAUAGUGAUUAUAUUGUACAAUAUUCUCCUUAACAUUAUUUGUUACAACUAAUUUAGUUUUCUUUCGUUGAACUUAAUGAGUUCUUGUCAUUUUUUGUUGCUUAAAUAGUUGUAAUAAAACUGUUUAAUAAACUUAGUCAAUUUUAAAAAUGAGGUUAAUUCCGUGGAAGACGCCAAAAUAACUUCAUAACUGAUGCUAUCUUUAGUACGAGUAGGUCCUAUCCAGCCGUACUUAGAGUAAGAUUGACAAGACAGACAUAGCGCUAAGUAUAACAUACAACUCCUGUAUGUUCGUAGGAUUCUGAAUCUUAUCCUAA